GAGGAUGGUCUGUAAUACUAUGGCCACAUGGCAUUGUAUACAGUGUUAAAUUUAAUCUUCGUGCUAAAAGUCCCCGGGAUUUUGCUGACCUUCUCCUGUCCUGGAAGCACAUGCCAAAUGUCUGUGUUUACGAUUUUGCGAGGGGUUUGGCGGCACACACCAAUUUGUGGGUUCCUGAUAAACUGCUAUUUCAUCCACAUGAAGGCCGACUGGCUGAGCCCACUGAGGAAAAUGUCAAGGCUGCACAGGAUGGAAGCCUGAAAGUGAAUCUUCCAUGGCUACAUGAAAGGAUGGAUAGUGUAAAUGAAAAUCCUCAUCCUGUCACUGGAUCAUCUGACCAUUAUGUCCUGUAUGACAGAUUUCAUGAGGGAAAUACAAAAGAUCCCAAGGACAUAUUACGCAGAAUUCAACUUGUCCCAGAGCUGAAAGGCUGGCUGAACAGUCAAGUUGUUGAACAGUUCUUUGCAAACAUGAGGAAAAGCAAUUACUUUUUAAGUAAUAUGAGUCCAUCUACACAUGUGUUUUUGAUGAGAAAUAUAACUCAUCAUUAUAACACUGUCACCAACAAGAAACUUCUGGAGAGGCAGCUAAGACAUGGUCGACUUGGAAAGAUCAAUAUCUCAUUGUCGGCACUGGGUCAAGCUGUCGUAGCCCCACAGGUGUGCAAUAAACCCAGAGAAACCACAGAAACGGUGUUGAACCCAGCACCUUCAAUGUCUGAACCUCAGGUAAGAGUUGACAACAAGAAAGCCAAUAGAAGGUCAACAGAUGGAACUUUUCCUGACCUGUGUGGACCACCGUGCGAAGUUCUGACAAAGCCUGAGAACAUUUUGGCCAGCCGUUCAUCAUGGUGUUUUGUACCGCACGCUGGCCAACAACAGCUUGUAUGUUAA